ACAUCUCAUCAAACCAAUAUUUCAUCUAGAAGACAUGUCAUUUCGAGUAGAUUCUGAAGCCCACGAUUGGCCCAUCUUCGUUUAGGGUUUUUGUAGUUUCUUCAAUUGUUAUAUAUAUUUUUCCUUAACCGCAAGAAAUCAGAGGAAAAGGAAAAUAGGGAUUUUAAAAGUGAGAAAAAAAAAAAACAUUUUUUUGCGAUUUGAAACAAUGACGUCGAUGAUAUCCAGUCUUCCAAGAGAGUUGAUAGAAGAGAUUAUUUCUAGGGUUCCCUUGAGAUCUAUGAAAUCAGUGAGAUUAACUUGCAAAAGUUGGAACAAUUUAUCCAAAAGUGAGAUCUUUACGAAGAUGCACAUUGAUAAAGCAGCAACAAGAGAAGAGAAUACUAUGAUGAUCUCGAUGAUGCCUCACGAUCUUUAUUUAAUGAGCGUCACUGUGGACGACGUUGAUCCAUCUGUAGAGCUUAAAGGCCAGCUUAGUUUUCUUGAUAAUCAAGUUAGUAUAUAUCGAGUCUUCCACUAUGAGGGUUUGUUGUUAUGCAUCUUUGAAGACCCUACUAGGGUUGUGGUUUUGAAUCCGUAUUUGCGGCAAGCAAGGUGGAUCCAAAUCAGAUUUUCUCACCUUUCAAUCGGAUGGGACAGUUUCAGGUAUGCUCUUGGAUACGCAGACAAAGAAUCUUGUCGUAGCGUUAAAUUCUUGAGGUUUCUAGAUUCUUCAUCUAGGUGCGAGUAUGAAAUCUACGAUUUUGACUCUAGUUUAUGGACAACUCUUGAUGUCACUCCACACUGGUGGAUAUCUUGCUCUAGCUAUGGCGUUUCUCUUAAGGGAAACACUUACUGGCCUGCGAAAAGGAGCUCACGUGGUCUCUUCGAUCACAUAAUCUGUUUUGAUUUUACAAGAGAGAGUUUCGGGCCGCUUCUACCUUUGCCGUUUGGCGCUACGGAUCGUGGAUAUCCAUAUGUGACUUUAUCUUGUGUUAAAGAAGAGAAGCUUGCAGCUUUAUUUCAGCAAUACUACUCAUACUGCAAAUGUGAAUAUGAGAUUGAUAUAUGGAUUACGACUAAGAUUGAAGCUGAAAUGGUGUCGUGGAGCAAGUUCUUGAGAAUGAAUACGAAACCUAAUAUAUAUCCAAUUAUUUUCCUCAUUGACGAGGAGAAGAAAAUUUUCAUGAGUCUUGAUAGAGAAUUUCCCAAGACAUUUCUUAACACCGCUAGAGAGGCUAAAUACUUGGAUCUCAGAGUAUCUGACGGCCAAUACUGUCGGCCACCUGUGUGCUCUUAUGUUCCAAGUUUGGUCCAAAUCAAGAAACCUACACUGAGGCAAAAGGAUGAAACAAAGUAGUUUAGAAGAGCAUUGAUUUGCUCAAGAGUACAAGUUGAGGUUGGUUUGCUAAGUUAAAGGUAAUUUUUUGUACUCUUGUAUCUGAGAUACUUUAUUGGAAGGGAGGCUUUUGGUGAUUACACUAGUGGUCUGUAUGCUCUUAGAUGCCUAUGUUACGUGAUAAAGAACCAUAUAUAUAUGCUUAGACCUGGUCACUUGCUUGGGUCUCUUCUCUU